AGGAAGUGUUUUUUCGGAGGUUAUUCGGAUGUACUUGCUCGACAUUAUUGAUCACGCACACGCGAGUGUUUCGAUAGUGUGUGGGCAAAUUUCGUUAUAAAUCAGUCGAACGUUUUUUCCAGCGAAUUUCCGAUGCAAUUAACGGCCUAAGUUUCGCGAAACCAAUUCCAGGAUCGGAAACGGCGAGCCCUUUUCUUCUGUGCGAUGGUCGAUUUCGGCACGGGAGAGAGAAUCAACAGGUUCGUCUGUCCCAACGACAGGCAAUUAGCUCUAAGAGCCAAGCUGAAUACAGGAUGGAGCGUGAAAACAGCCACUCUCGGCUACAGCCAAAGAACACCUCACACUUCCCCUUUGGCUGCCGAAGAGCAAGAGGCCAUCGUCCAAGUCAUCCAGCGCGCGGAAAAGCUGGAUCUUUCCGAACAACAAAGGAUCGGAAAACUGGUGGAAAAAUUGGAGAAUAUGAGACGAAACGCCCUGGGCAAAACGUCCUCGCAAUGUCUGUUAUGCGGCGAUAAUUUCGGCUUGCUCGGCGCCCAAAAAAUCGUCUGCAUGGAUUGCAGGAGGCUCGCUUGCACCAAGUGCUCCAUAGAUACGCUAGCCGGCAGAGGUCCUAGACACAUUUAUCAAUCGUCGCCGAAGAGGUCCCGAUUGCUCGCGAACGUUAAGCAUUUAACCAAACGAGGUAAACUUAGAGUGAGAAAAGCGUUUGUUUAUAGUACCGCCUCUAGGGAGCACUGGUUGUGCAUGAUAUGCGCCGAGACCAGGGAAAUGUGGAAGAAAUCCGGCGCCUGGUUCUACAAGAGCAUUCCGAAGUACGUCCUGCCGGCGGACAAUUCGAGGAUCAGCAGGACUAAAAGCGUGAGAACGUCCAGGCGGUACAAGGACGACGAUAGCAGCUCGGACGAGGAGAGACGAAUGUGGGGUAGGAGAAAAAGGGCUAAUUCCAGUACAGAAAGUGCAUUAGAUGCUCUAGAUCAAGAACAGCACAAUUAUCACGUCCGCAACUCCAUUUACAGCCGACAGAAUAGCUCCGGGGAAUCUCAAGUCUCCAGAGAAAUGGAUUCCUUAAAGACACAAAUGAGUUCGAUGACCCUGAACGAGACAAAGAGCUGCGAGGAAUCUGGAAACGAAAGCCGGCAGGAUAUCGAAUUUUCUCCUGACGCCACGAGAAGGGAAUCUUCGGCCGGGCGAUCGCUCUCCGAUUGGAACUGGUCGAUGGAGAACAAACUGGACGAAAGAACGUCGCCCAGCACUUCUAGCAUCAACAGCAGCGUGUUCAAGUCGAUCAAUGAAGAAAAAUCAAUCGACGCAUCUUUGGGCGUGAUUGAGCUGUCGCUGACCUACGAUCAGGAAACGCUCACGCUACAUUGUACCGUGUACAGAGCGAAGAAUCUGAUACCAAUGGAUAUGGCCGGUUUGUCCGAUCCCUUCUGCAAAUUGAACAUCUUACCCAACGCCAAAAUGUCCACUAGACUAAGAACCAAAACGGUACACAAAACAAGAAAUCCGGAGUUCAACGAGAACCUCACUUUCUACGACAUCAGCGAGAGCGACCUGAUGCGCAAAUCCCUCCACAUUCUCGUCGUUGAUGAUGAUAAAUACGGCCACGACUACAUGGGCGAAACCAGAAUAAAACUGGCGAAGCUCAAGUAUCAGAACACGAUUUAUUUAACAGUGCCUCUGGAAAACUUUGGUCAAGAGCAGAAGGGCCCCGUGCCGACAACGGAAUUAACCGAAUGGUUCGAUGAUUUGUGGUCGAGGGGACAAAUUCUGCUGGGAUUGUGCUACAAUACGAAAAAGCGAGCUCUCGUGGUAUCUGUGGUGAGAUGCGUCAAUUUACUGCCGAUGGAUAACAACGGUUUGUCCGAUCCCUUCGUUAAAUUGCAAUUAAAGCCGGACCCUAAUCACAAGAAGCACAAAACGUCGAUAAAAUGGAAAAAUCUGAAUCCCAUUUUCAACGAGGAAUUCGCUUUUGAGACCAGGCCGACGGAAUUGAGCACUCAAAGCCUCUACAUCACGGUGUACGACAAGGAUUACGGCAAAAGUAAUGAUUACUUGGGAGGGUUGAUUUUGGGAGGAACGGGCUCCAAAGGUCUUCGGCUGAAGCACUGGUUGGAUAUGAUAAGAUAUCCUGACCACAGACACGAACAGUGGCAUAAUCUCACUGAAGACGUUCUGGAUUGAAGUAUAAAUCGAAACGCCUAAAUUUAGAAUAAUUAUAUUUUAUUAUAUGAAUGUCGUGAUUCGUAAUCUUGUGUAAGUGUUUUGUAUUGUAAUUCUCUCUCCAAAGCGAUGAGAAUUCGAGUAUAACCUAACUAUUUGUAUUAUUUUUCUCUAAAUUUUAAUGUUAACAUUUCUUCGUUUUCAAAUCAAAUAUAACAUAUAUUUUUGCGAUAACAUUUUACGAUCGAUAACACAAAAUGCAUUUGAUUAAUGGGAAUAUAUUUACUGUUGAAAUUAAGCCGAAAUAAAUAUUUGUUAUUCA